AUGGCGUAUAGGGUCAAAGGAGAAUCAUUUCCAUGCUCUUCGAAUUCAGCUCCAAAAUGGAAACAUGAUGUUUUUUUGAGUUUUGCAGGAAAAGAUACUCGCUUGAAUUUUACAGAUCACUUGUAUUCAGCUUUUAGUCAAAGUGGCAUACGAGCUUUUAAGGAUGAUAAAGGAAUAGAGAGAGGAGAAGUCAUAUCGCAACAAUUAUUUCAAGCAAUUGAAGACUCUCUCAUUGCUGUUGUUGUUCUCUCUCAAAAUUAUGCAAAUUCUGCAUGGUGUUUGGAUGAACUUCAAAAGAUCAUUGACUGUAGAAAUAAAUUGGGUCAACAAGUUUUCCCUAUUUUUUAUGGUGUAGAUCCGUCCGAUGUAAGGCAUUUAAGGAAAAGUUUUGCGUUAGCUUUAGCUAAACAUGAAGAGAGAUUUAAAGGAAGCAACGACAAACUGCAGAAAUGGAAAAAUGCUUUGUUGGAAAUUAGCAAUUUGCCAGGUUGGGACACGAGGGGUCGGCCUGAAACACAAGUUAUCCAAGACGCUGUCGAAGCAAUAUGGAACAAACUGUGUUCCAAAUUGCCAUCUUAUGAUGAUUAUAAUUUAGUUGGAAUAGUCUCAAGGAUAGUUGAAAUAAAUUCACUCUUGAAGAUAGGGUUGGGCGAUGUUCGUUUUGUAGGCAUAUGGGGGAUGGGCGGUAUUGGUAAAACUACUCUUGCUAGAGUUGUUUAUGAAAGCAUCUCUCACCAAUUUGAAAUAUGUUGCUUUCUUGCUGAUGUUAGAGAAACUUCUGAAAGAAAAGGCAAGGUUUAUUUACAAAGAGAGCUUCUUUCACAUUCAAUUGGAGAAUUGGCCGUUCUUCCAGAGUGGUUUGGUGAGGGUAGUAGAGUAAUUAUAACAACUAGGGAUAAGCAUUUGUUGACUUCACAUGGAGUUCAUGGAAUAUAUGAGAUGGAACCCAUGAAAGAAGAUGAAUCUCUCAAGAUCUUUUCAAAGAAAGCAUUCAAAAAAGAUCAUCCUAAGGAGGGCUAUGUGGAGUUGUCUAAAUCUGUGGUUGAAUAUGCUGGUGGUCUUCCUUUGGCGCUGCAGGUUUUAGGUUCUUUUCUUCAUGGAAGAAGUGUACUUGAGUGGGAAGAUGCUUUAGACAGAUUAAAACAAAUUUCAUAUAAGGAUGUUUUUGAGAUUCUUAAAAUAAGCUAUGAUGGAUUAAAUGACGAAGAGAAGGCAAUAUUCUUGGAUAUUGCAUGCUUUUUCAAGGGAUGGGAAAAAGAUGAAGUAAUCCAAAUUUUGAAAAAUAUUGGUCUUCAUUCGUCAAUUGGAAUAAAUAUCCUCAUUGAAAAAACUUUGCUAGUUGAACACCAUACUGACUUUGGAAGAUGCCGUUUAGAGAUGCAUGAUUUAUUUCAAGAAAUGGGCAGGAAUAUAAUUUAUCAAGAAUCUCCUAGCAUUGCUUGCAGACGCAGUAGACUGUGGAAGGUCGAGGACAUCGAUGAAGUAUUGGAAAAUACUAUUGGAACUGAAGCAAUACAAAGCAUUGUGCUAUAUUCCUCACGACGGGAUGAUCCUGAAGUAUAUUGGGAACCCCACGCUUUUUCCAAGAUGUUUAAUCUCAGAUUACUCAUCAUUCAAAGAAGAUCGGAACUUCCCAAUGGUCUCAAAUGCCUCUCUAGUGCAUUAAGAGUUGUUCAAUGGCCAUUUUGCCCUCUAGAAGCUCUUCCGCUCGGAACACCAUUGAAUAAACUUGUUGAUAUUCAAAUGAAACAUAGCAGUAUAAAGAUACUUUGGAAUGGCGUACAGAUUAUGAAAAACUUCAAGUUCAUUGAUAUGAGCUUUUCUAAAAUACUGACUAAAACUCCAGAUUUCUCGGGAGUUCCAAAUUUAGAAAAUUUAAUUCUUGAAGGUUGUUCAUCCCUUCUUGUUGUUCAUCAUUCCCUUGGAGGGUUAAAAAGCUUGUCAGCGUGA